GUGCCUUGUCUAUGGCGGUUGAGUAUCGGGUAACUGUGAAGUACUACGAAAGUAUUGUUCGAAUAAUAAAAUUUGUCUAAGAUAAGUAUAUUUUAUCAUUUUUAAAAAUUGACAAUGCGUAACGUAGAAAUAAAAGCAAAAAUUGAUAAUCCUGAUCUUAAAAUUUUACGCGUUAUGCAAUUAACUAAUCAUAACUGUAUCACAUUGAAACAACAUGAUAUUUUUUUCAAAGUUACGGAGGGAAGAUUAAAAUUACGAAAAUUCGAGGAUGGUUCAGGCGAAUUAAUUUACUACAAAAGAUUUAAUAAGUCUGGUCCGAAGCUUUGUGAUUAUCAAAAAGUAGCUUUGAGUGAACAUUCUUGUAGUGGCAUUGUAGAUAUUUUAUCUGCAUCUAAUGGUUGUAUAGGUACUGUAAAGAAGACUAGAAAAGUAUACAUGAUUGGUCAAACUCGUGUACAUAUUGAUGAUGUUGAAGGUUUAGGAAAUUUUUUGGAAUUAGAGGUAGUCUUGACUGAUGAACAGGACAUAGAAACUGGUGAGAUGAUUGCUAGGGAUUUGAUGUCUAAAUUAGAUAUAAAAAAUGAAGAUCUGAUAGCAAAUGCCUAUAUGGAUCUACUUAAUGAAUCUAUGAAUGGAACUACUAGUGAGUCUAUUAGUGAAGCUACUAAUGAAUCCAAAGAAUUUUAAUAAAAUGUAUAUUUUUUAUAAAAACGUGUAACGUACUAU